AUUAUAUAGAUUUCUCCAUUUUUCACUAAAAAGCUCUGAAUUUGUUGAUACAAAAAGUAUGGGAAGUAGAGUAGCGAUUGUGGUAGUGGGUUGCAACACGGAAUCAAAUCUGUUUAUUUUAUCCAAAAACUCUCAUAUAAUCCAACUUCAACUACUCGUUUUUGGAUUCCAUGGAAUCACACUCCCAAAACAAUCCCUACCUCUCCCUCUCCUCUUCCCUUCUUCUUCUUCUUCUUCUUCUUCUACUUCAUCGUUUUCCUCUCAAACUAGUUUCAGAUCCUUAGAACCCUAAGAUUUGGAGCUGUAAAUCCAUUAUCUCCUCGCCAUGACCGAGCCCAAGCCCGAUUCCGAUCACAUAUCUUCGUUUUUCCCUAAAUCGCACCGUUCCGGUGCCGACGACCGGAACCCACUUAUGGAUUUCGAUCUCGAUUUGGAUAUUCCUUGGCCGUUGGAUCAAACCCCUUUGUUUUCAACUUCCGAUCAUCUUGCUUCGCCUCUUUGGGCCUUCUCUGAAGCCGAUGAUGGCGACGAUUCCAAAUUUGCUGCCUAUGCUUGCUCUGUUCUUGGUACUUCCAAUUUGAAUUCGGUACCGCAAAAGCCGAUCGAGAAUCACAAGUUUAAGAUUCUUCCCGUUCCAUCCGAGAAUCCAGAUGGGUAUUGCUUGAUCAAGGAAAAAAUGGCGCAAGCUCUUCGGUACAUUAAGGAUUUGUCCGACCAGCAAGUUCUAGCUCAGGUUUGGGCACCUGUAAAGAAUGGUGACAAGGUUGUACUUUCGACUUCCGGGCAACCGUUUGUUCUUGAUACGCAGAGCAACGGGCUUCAUCGGUAUAGGUUGGUCUCUUUGACGUAUAUGUUCUCUUUGGACACUGAGUUGGAUGGAUCUCUCGGUCUCCCUGGUCGUGUUUUUCAACAAAAGUUGCCUGAAUGGACUCCAAAUGUGCAGUAUUACUCGAGCAAGGAGUAUUCACGACUUAGGCAUGCUCUUGAUUAUAAUGUUCAGGGAACUUUGGCUUUGCCUGUUUUCGACCCUUCGGGGCAGUCUUGUCUUGGUGUUCUCGAGCUAAUCAUGACUUCACCGAGGAUCAAUUAUGCACCUGAGGUGGACAAAGUCUGUAAAGCUUUGCAGGCUGUUAAUCUAAAAAGUUCAGAGAUUUUGGAUCGUCCGAAUAUCCAGAUUUGCAACGAAGGCCGACAGAAUGCGCUGGCUGAAAUCUUGGCUGUACUCACCGUUGUUUGUGAAACCCAUAACUUACCAUUGGCUCAAACCUGGGUUCCGUGCAGGCACCGAAACGUGCUCGCCAAUGGUGGAGGUUUGAAGAAAAGCUGUACUAGCUUUGAUGGUAGUUGUAUGGGACGGAUCUGUAUGUCUGCAACUGAAGUAGCAUCCUAUGUUGUUGAUGCUCACAAGUGGGGUUUUCGUGAGGCGUGUUUAGAACACCAUUUACAAAAGGGUCAAGGGGUGUCGGGGAGAGCGUUUUCGUCUCACAGCUCGUGUUUUUGUGGAGACAUCACUCAAUUCUGCAAGAACGAAUACCCUUUGGUACACUACGCACUCAUGUUCGGAUUAAAAAGCUGUUUUUCGAUAUGCUUACGGAGCAAGUUUACUGGAGACGACGAGUACAUUCUAGAAUUCUUUCUGCCACCGAGCCUCGUUGAUUAUCAGGAACAAAAGACUUUGUUGGGUGCAAUGAUGGCAACAAUGAAGCAGCAUUUCUACACUCUCAAAGUUGCCUCUGGAAUCAAACUCGAGGAAGGUGGAAUUGUCGAAGUCGUUCAAGCAUCAAGAAACGGAGGGUUCGAAUCAAGACUUGAAUGUAUUCAUAUUCCACCCGAGUCUGAUGCCAUGCCGAACACGGGAGAGGUAGUUGCCUUAGAAACAUUACAACAACGUUCUUUAAUGGUUCACGAUGCCCCAAAGGACGAAAACAAUACUGUUCGGGACAGGGAAAGCGACAACCCCGUUCCUUGUGUCCAGAAGGAAGUGAAAAAAACGUCCAAAAGGAAGCGUGGAAAAGCCGAGAAGUCGAUUAGUCUGGACGUUCUUCAACAAUAUUUUGCUGGUAGUCUUAAGGAUGCUGCUAAAAGCCUUGGCGUUUGUCCGACAACAAUGAAGCGUAUCUGUAGGCAACACGGGAUCUCACGGUGGCCAUCUCGAAAGAUCAAUAAGGUGAAUCGCUCUCUUUCAAAGCUAAAACGCGUCAUCGAUUCCGUUCAAGGGAAUGAAGGAACUUUUGGAAUGUCUUCUCUUGCUACAAGUCCACUUCCUGUUGCAGUUAGUUCGAGUUCUCAUCCGUUAACUCCGGACGGGUCGAAUCAAAAUUUUUUUUUUGCUUCUCAACCCUCUGAUCCUCAACGUAAAGAAACGAACACCUCAGAAGCACAGACAAACAACACCCAGGCUAGACUGAAAGAUCAAUUACACAGGGGAGUGUCGAACCCGGAAGAACUGUUUCACGAGCAGAAUGGAUCUCUAAUGAAGCUCGGAAAUGGCUUCAACAAUUUUAGAACAGGAAGCGGAUCUCGGGACGAGAGCACCGGGACACCUACAUCUCAUGGUUCUUGCCAAGGUAGUCCUGCAAAUGAGAGUAAUCCCCUUUCUAUUCACCACCAAGAACAAUGUGUAAGAAGAGGCUCUCCUGAAGCAGCAGCCUUCCAUCCAAUCGACAAACCGAACACAUCGACACGUGCUUGUCCAGUUCCCGAUACGCUUCUGACGGUUGAGCCGAAGGAACCAUUUGGAGGAAUGCUGAUUAAGGAUGCAGGAAGCUCUAAGGACUUAAAAAAUCUUUGCACUUCGGUUGCCGAUGCCGUUCUCGACGAUCAAGUACCUAAAUUUUGUUGGCCCAGACCUUCUGAUAUAGCUAUGAGACAACCUAUGGAGUCUGUUUGUCACACAGUCCCUCAUAUAUCAGCAAGGCAAGAACCAAGUAGAAUGACUAUCAAGGCCACUUAUAAGGACGAUAUCAUUCGGUUUCAAAUUUCCACGUGCACCGGUAUUGUGGAGUUACGAGAGGAAGUAGCAAAGAGAUUGAAACUAGACGUCGGUACGUUCGAUAUCAAAUACAUGGACGACGAUCGUGAAUGGGUUCUUACUGCUUGCGACGCAGACUUACAAGAGUGUGUAGAUAUCUCAAAAGCAUCAGGUAGCAACAUAAUAAGAUUGUUGGUUCAUGAUUUAUCUGUCAAUCUUGGGAGUUCUUGUGAGAGUACUAGGGAGUGACGAUCGAUCGGGUUGUAGAUAUCGAUAAUCCGUCGACUUCCCAUCUCCAUAAACUGUAUUUCUAGCAUUAGGAUGUGAAGAUUUAGAUGUAGGUAUUGAUAUUAUUUCGCUCGAACUGUAUAAAUUUUUUCAUGUGAAUUGUAUUGAUUCUCCUCUCAAGGUUUUUAAA